CCAAAACCGGGGAAAAGUGGGAAAAGUUCAAAAGAAGGACAAGACACGGUAGACACAGAGCAGAUUCCCAGCAGGAAAAAUAGCAUUGCGUCUGUCCAGUCCUCAACAUCUACUAAAAUGAAAGUACCAGCCCCUCAGCCAGUCAUGAAGAAAGACAAACGGCAAAAUUCUUCUCGGUUUAAUGCCAGCAAUAAUAGAGAACUGCAAAAACUACCAUCUUUAAAAGAUGUUCCUCCUGCAGAUCAAGAGAAGCUUUUUAUCCAGAAGUUACGUCAGUGUUGUGUCCUCUUUGACUUUGUUUCUGACCCACUGAGUGACCUAAAGUGGAAGGAAGUAAAACGAGCUGCUUUAAGUGAAAUGGUAGAAUAUAUCACCCAUAAUCGGAAUGUGAUCACAGAGCCCAUUUACCCGGAAGUAGUCCAUAUGUUUGCAGUUAACAUGUUUCGGACCUUGCCACCCUCCUCCAAUCCUACGGGAGCAGAAUUCGACCCAGAGGAGGAUGAGCCAACGUUAGAAGCAGCCUGGCCUCAUCUUCAGCUUGUUUAUGAAUUUUUCUUAAGAUUUUUAGAGUCUCCAGAUUUCCAGCCUAAUAUCGCAAAGAAAUAUAUUGACCAGAAGUUUGUACUGCAGCUUUUAGAGCUCUUUGACAGCGAGGAUCCUCGGGAGAGAGAUUUUCUAAAAACAACCCUUCACAGAAUCUAUGGAAAGUUCUUAGGCCUGAGAGCUUACAUCCGAAAACAGAUAAAUAAUAUAUUUUAUAGGUUUAUUUAUGAAACAGAGCAUCAUAAUGGCAUAGCAGAAUUACUGGAAAUAUUGGGAAGUAUAAUUAAUGGAUUUGCCUUACCACUCAAAGAAGAGCACAAGAUUUUCUUAUUGAAGGUGUUACUACCUUUGCACAAAGUGAAAUCCCUGAGUGUCUACCAUCCCCAGCUGGCGUACUGUGUCGUGCAGUUUUUAGAAAAGGACAGCACCCUCACCGAGCCAGUGGUAAUGGCACUUCUCAAAUACUGGCCAAAGACUCACAGUCCAAAAGAAGUAAUGUUCUUAAAUGAACUUGAGGAGAUUCUAGAUGUAAUUGAACCGUCGGAAUUUGUGAAGAUCAUGGAGCCCCUUUUCCGGCAGUUAGCCAAAUGUGUCUCCAGCCCGCACUUCCAGGUGGCAGAGCGGGCGCUGUACUACUGGAACAACGAGUACAUCAUGAGUCUGAUCAGUGACAACGCGGCCAGGAUCCUGCCCAUCAUGUUCCCGUCCCUGUACCGCAACUCAAAGACCCACUGGAACAAGACCAUACAUGGCCUGAUAUACAAUGCCCUGAAACUCUUCAUGGAAAUGAACCAGAAGCUCUUUGACGACUGUACUCAACAGUUCAAAGCAGAGAAACUAAAAGAGAAGCUAAAGAUGAAAGAGCGAGAAGAAGCAUGGGUUAAAAUAGAAAAUCUAGCCAAAGCGAAUCCCCAGUACGCAGUGUAUAGUCAAGCCAGCACCAUGAGCAUUCCGGUUGCAAUGGACACAGAUGGGCCUCAGUAUGAAGAUGUGCAGGUGCUGAGAAAGACAGGGAGCGACGAGGCUCAUCAGGCCCAGAAAGAUCCGAAGAAGGACCGUCCUCUUGCGCGCCGCAAGUCCGAGCUGCCCCAGGACCCUCUCACCAAGAAAGCCUUGGAAGCUCACUGCAGGGCCGACGAGCUGCUCUCCCAGGACGGGCGCUAGCCCGGCGCAGUGUCGGCCCGGCCUGCCCGUCUCUUCUGGAUUCUGUAGAAAAUACAUACUGUGUGUGCCAUACCCGUCAGCUCCACUCAGAGCUUCCUUCCACCCCGUUCUGUAGGCGACCACGCGCACCUGCCUCAGCUCGAGAUGAGGAGUUCAAACAAUGGUGGUUCUCAGACCCCAUGGGCCAGGCUGGGGUGGGGGGGAGGGCGGGUGGCAGUGUCCCCACAAGGUCCUACCCUCCCCAGCAUCACCCUCAGUAAGACUGUCACCAAACCAGAGCUGUAGGAAAGCACCCUGGCCCUCAUGCCCCUGCUCCACACACACAGCAUUCGUGACCCUUCCAGGUAGGUGGCUCUGCGGUAGUUUCAAUGUUCUGCAGAUCAGAGGAACACUUGGAAAAGUGCCGCCUACCUUUACGACUGCACAGCCUUUCAGAUGCUCCCACAGGUGGCUAGGCCCGCGUUUUUGUCUGUGUGAUCUCGCGGGUUGGCUCUCCGCUUUCACGUUCUCGAGCCUCCCAGAAAGUGUCAUGACAAUCCUGGCGCUGGCCAUGCCUGCCGAGGUGUCCUUCACCCUGCUUCCCCCACGCACGCCAGGCCCUGCUGCUCUCGUCUACCGAAAGCCAUAUCUCCCAGUCUGUGCCAGCACCAGGGUUCCGAGGGAAGCUCGCGCCAGGCAGGCCUUCCAAAAGCUUUCUCUGUCACCUUGACUGGAUUGGAAUUUUUCAAUUAUGUGCUCAUAUUUUUAUUUACAGAAUCAGUUUUUUUUUCAUCUACUUACACAUUGGAUACCCUUCCACAAGACUCUUGAAGUGAUA